AUGCCUCCAAAAGUUCUAAGUAGUGAACGGGUCGAAGACUCGAGUGAUGAAGACUCCAGCACAUCGACAUCUACACAGACCCUUCAACAGAAAAUUAGUGCACUGCCAGCGCAACGACAAAAACCUACUGAUCAGUCAUCGGAAAGUGACAGCUCAGACACAGAAAGCAACGCCUCGUCCAAGGCUUCAACGAGCUCGAAGACUUCAAGCUCGACGUCUAGUUUACGAAAGAAGCGCAAGGCUACUGACGACCCCAAGCCUGUACAGAAACCUUCACCAAAACGGACGAGAGUAGACUACUCUAACGUCAAGCGCAUCGAAUCAACCAACUACGUGCCUCUUCAAGGCUGGUCGACUACCAAGGCCAAGGUGACUGACUUUCCAUCUGAGACGAAUGGCAUGUUCAAUGAUCUGGAAGGCAAGCAACUCUGGCACAUAAGCGCACAUAGCUCGAUGGACAUCUCGAAACUAAAGUCAUUGAACGUCUCAGAAGCAUUGAAAGGUGCGCCGAUACUAGAGCACAAAGGUGUGCGAUACAAUCUUAGCCAAGGUCACAUCGGCAACGCUGUCGUGUUGUUGCCAGCAGGUACACGCAACGAGUACGCUCCCACCGGUUCCUCGAUAGCUCAAUCUUUCCAGAUUCAAGAAUUUGUCCCUACAAGUAAUGGCGCAGCUCUUGUUAAUGGUCAGCAUGACAACGACGACUCUACGACAGCAACCACUUUCUUCGCAACACAAACGGGUCAGAAAAAGCCGCCACGUCAACAGCCUGAGAACCUGCGACCACGAUAUACCCCAUUCGGUGUCCAGGAAAGCACCACACCAGGCACGCUCGGUAACAGCACUGCGCCUGAUGCGGGCUCAGCAAUGGAAGGAGUGGUUCUUGGCAUCUCGGAAGCGCAAGGCGGGAAUACCGAGCAGACACCAAAGUCUUCGAAGAAAUCUCAUAGGAAGAAGGAAAAAGCCGUGAAUAUUGGGAGUGAAGUCCAGGAAAUGUCGCCAACCUCGAGGAGAAAUUUGCAAGUGUCGUCUAUUGUGAAUGUUACACCAGUGGAAGGAAAGGAGCGUAGCCACAAGAAGAAGAAGAAGAAGGACAAGAAACUUGACUCGUAG